UGGAGGUGUGACACGGACAUCUGAGGCACCAGAAGCCGUGGAAGCGAACGUGCGGCGCGGUUCGUAUCCUCCCGCUGCCGCCUCUCUUCUCUGCGGGUGCGCACCUGUCCGUGUGCCCCCACUCUCCUGCUCUCUCUCGCUCUCUCUCCCCAUCCAUCGCCGUCCUGUCGGAUAGAGCCGCCAUUUUUGCUCCAGAGGACGUGCAGUUACCAGCGGAACCAGAACCCCCGAGCCCGGCGGCACCAUGCUGACGCUGCUGACAUCCAUGUAUCUGGUGGUGCGGGCGGUUUCCUCGCAGGCUGAACCAAUUCGAGUCGUGAUCACCGGCGCCGCUGGUCAGAUCGCCUACUCUCUGCUGUACAGCAUCGCCAAGGGAGACGUGUUUGGGAAGGACCAGCCAAUCGUCCUGAUCCUCCUGGAUAUCCCGCCCAUGCUGCCGGUGCUGGAUGGAGUCGUCAUGGAGCUGCAGGACUGUGCCCUCCCACUGCUGAGGGAGGUCAUCCCCACUGACAAGGUUGAGGUCGGCUUCAAGGACAUUGAUGCCGCCAUCUUGGUGGGCUCCAUGCCCAGGAAGGAGGGCAUGGAGAGGAAAGAUCUGCUGAAGGCCAAUGUGGCCAUCUUCAAGACCCAGGGAGCCGCGCUGGACAAGUACGCCAAGAAGACUGUGAAGGUUCUGGUGGUUGGAAAUCCAGCAAACACCAACUGUCUGAUCGCCUCCAAGUCUGCUCCGUCCAUCCCCAAAGAGAACUUCUCCUGCCUGACCCGACUGGACCACAAUAGAGCCUGCUCCCAGGUGGCGAUGCGCUGCAACGUGUCCUCAGACGCUGUGAAGAACGUCAUCAUCUGGGGGAACCACUCCUCCACCCAGUACCCAGACGUCCACCAUGCCAAGGUCAAGGUCCAGGACAGCGAGUUGCCUGCAUACGACGUUGUCAAGGACGACGCCUGGCUCAGGGGACCUUUCAUCUCCACGGUGCAGCAGCGUGGGGCAGCUGUCAUCAAGGCCAGGAAGCUGUCCAGCGCCAUGUCUGCAGCCAAAGCCAUCUGCGACCACAUGAGGGACAUCUGGUUUGGCACCAAGGAGGGUGAGUUCAUCUCUAUGGGUGUGUAUGCUGCUGGAAACUCCUAUGGUGUUCCACAGGACCUCAUGUACUCCUUCCCUGUUUGUAUUAAGAACAAGAUGUGGAAGAUCGUUGACGGGCUCCCCAUCAAUGACUUCUCCCAGGCCAAGAUGGACGCCACGGCAGCCGAGCUGGUGGAGGAGCGGGACACCGCCCUGGACUUCCUGUCCCAGUGACUGCCGGCCCCCACUGGCCAGCAGCGCUUAGAUCCCCUCAAGUCUCGCUGCUCACGGCUCUAAGGACAACAAAGCCCUUCAGCUGUGUGUGUCUGUGUGUGUGUGUGUGUGUGUGUGUGUGUGUGUGUGUGUGUGUGUGUGUGUGUGUGUGUGUGUGUGUGUGUGUGUGUGUGUCUAGGGCCUCCUUCAUCCAUGUGCAGGACGCAGAGAGCUGGUCUCUGCUGGUAGAUGAGAACACAAACUAGCUGUCCAGAAGCUGUAACCGAACACGUGAUCACCAAUAAAACCUGAACAGAACCAAA